AUGGAAAUCUUUCAGGCAUUCUAUUUGAGUAGCAUCUAUGCCUGCAAUGAGAACGGGAUUGAAGGAGAGAAAGAGCGGGUCAAGAAAGAGUUGGGAAUGAAUGAAAAGGAAUUCGAUGAGAACAUCGUUUUAUCCAAGGAAAUAUUGUCAAUUUUGGAUGCUUAUUCUCCGUCAACUUGCCCUAAAGUGGCAGAAAAUCAUGUACCGCCAGCUGCAGAUGUGCAAUCAUCUCAAAAAACUCAUAAUAAGAAUUUUGCGGCAGAUAAUCCCGAGCAAGAAGAUAAGCAACCAUCUGCAACGAUCCAGAAAUCGUCACUAAUGAAUCCAGGAUUACCCGUAGAGGUUUGA